AUGUCACAGAAUAGACCUGGGGUAUUCUCGAGUCUGCGCAUGGGUGAAGUCGUCCGCGAGAAAGUCCAGGAUGGACUUACGGGGGAGACGAAGGAAAUAUCCUAUUCACAAUGUAAAAUCGUCGGCAAUGGAUCGUUUGGUGUCGUCUUCCAAACGAAGAUGAUGCCCAGCGGCGAAGACGCUGCUAUUAAACGGGUCCUUCAGGAUAAGCGAUUCAAAAAUCGUGAGCUUCAGAUCAUGCGGAUCGUGCGCCACCCGAAUAUUGUAGAGCUGAAGGCGUUCUACUACUCCAACGGGGAAAGGAAAGACGAAGUUUAUUUGAACCUCGUCCUCGAAUAUGUACCAGAAACAGUUUAUCGAGCGUCUCGUUAUUUCAACAAGUUGAAGACAACCAUGCCGAUGCUGGAAGUCAAGCUCUACAUCUAUCAACUAUUCCGUUCCCUGGCCUACAUCCACUCGCAGGGCAUCUGCCAUCGUGAUAUUAAACCGCAAAACCUCUUGCUCGACCCGAACACCGGCAUUUUGAAGCUGUGCGACUUUGGCUCUGCGAAGAUCCUGGUCGAGAAUGAACCUAAUGUCUCGUACAUCUGCUCCCGCUAUUACCGCGCACCAGAGCUGAUUUUCGGCGCAACAAACUACACCACGAAAAUUGACGUAUGGUCUACUGGUUGCGUGAUGGCCGAGUUGAUGCUAGGACAACCGCUCUUCCCAGGAGAAUCGGGGAUUGACCAACUCGUGGAGAUCAUCAAGGUCCUGGGCACUCCUACGCGGGAACAGAUUCGCACCAUGAACCCCAAUUACAUGGAACACAAGUUCCCGCAGAUCAAGCCCCACCCCUUCAAUAAGGUCUUCCGGAGGGCCCCCCACGAGGCCAUCGACCUGAUCUCCGCUCUGCUCGAAUAUACACCAACACAACGUCUCUCGGCUAUCGAAGCGAUGUGCCAUCCAUUCUUUGACGAACUUCGGGAACCGAACACCCGGCUGCCCGAUUCGCGGCACCCGAAUGGCUCCACAAGGGAACUCCCUAACCUGUUCGACUUUUCGAGGCAUGAACUUUCCAUCGCGCCCGCAAUGAACAGCCGGCUGAUUCCUCCUCAUGCACGUCCUGCACUUGAGGCUCGCGGGUUAGAUAUCGACAACUUCAAACCCCUAACGAAGGAAGAGAUGAUAGCGCGCCUUGACUGAGUCAAUCCGCGCGAAUCUGACGAAAUACACGCCCUUAUGUGUGCAAAGUUGUUUGCACAUGAUUGCGGAAAUUUGAUUUUAUGCCAUACGAGCUCAUAUUCAUGCAUCGGGCGGUUCUUUGAACCGGAAAAGGUUUAUUCAAAUCUGUAGACCUAUUCCAUAGGCGGGGCAUCCGGGAGCUGGCUUCUGUGUGGGAAGACAUUGCAAGAUAAGGUAAAACGCGUGCAUGGAAAUCUGGAGAAGAAAACAACAAGAGCGAAAACCAAAAAAAAAAUGCCGGAAAAAAGACGUUGAACAGAGGGGCGCUGAUCCACGAGAUUAGGUGGCGUGGAGGGAAUUGUGACUCUUGACGACCAGAAAAGUUCUUGAGAGGGGGUGGUUAGUUGAUCAUGACAGUUUCACGCAAAGGGGUCGAUGGGAUGAUAUAGCCUGGAGUUAUUGAGGUGUCUGAGACAACUC